AUGCCCGUCAAGUGGAAUGCAGAAAUGGACCAACAGCUUCUCCUGAAGAUUAUUGAGACUCAUGAUUUGAGAGUGGAUACUGAAAGAGUCUCAGAUGCAUGGCCUGGUGACGAACCAAAGGCGAAGCCUACUCCUCGUGCAAUUACUGAGCGCUUGGUUAAAAUAAAAUCCAUUAUCAAAAACAACAAUGGUGCAACACCCACUUCUACUCCUAGGAAGAAGCUAGCUACCCCAGCCUUCCAUAACCGUACCCCCGCAAAGCGAAAGCGUGGAGAUGCCGCAUCAGACAACAAGGAAAACAUCAAAAUUGAAGGAUUCGUGUCUCCCACCUCUAACACCAUUAAGAUUAAAAAUGGAAUGAUUGACUGUUCUGAUUCUUCAAUGGAUGAAAUGAGGGUUCCUCAUACUAUGCGCACUACCUCCAAGAGUGCCAGAGUUGUCCCGCCCCUCCCGGCUGGAAUCGUUACAUACAUUGAAGGGACAGAUGACGAUUCUCAGUAUGAAAGCGGCAACAGCGAAUUUAUCCAUCCGUCAAAAGUAGAAGUCGACAAUGGCUAUAACGGAGUUCAGGUUCGUGAUGAUGCGAUUGACCUGCCUGAGUACGCCUAA